CAUUCCGCUUCCGACAUUUCGCGCAGUUCCGUCAUGGCCUCUACCGAAGCGAGCCGUAGCCUUCCCAAGUCUCGCCGGGAUCCCGAGGGGCGAGCCUUGCGGCAGGACAAGUUUUCAGUGCUUUUACCCACCUACAACGAGCGCGAAAACCUGCCGCUCAUCGUGUGGCUGCUGGUGAAAAGCUUCACUGAGAGUGUAAUCAACUAUGAAAUUAUAAUCAUAGACGAUGGAAGCCCAGAUGGAACAAGGGAAGUUGCUGAACAGCUAGAGAAGAUUUAUGGGUCAGACAAAAUUCUUCUAAGACCACGGGAGAAAAAGUUGGGACUAGGAACUGCAUAUAUUCAUGGGAUGAAACAUGCCACAGGAAAUUACAUAAUUAUUAUGGAUGCUGAUCUUUCACACCACCCAAAAUUUAUUCCUGAAUUCAUUAGGAAGCAAAAGGAGGGUAAUUUUGACAUUGUCUCUGGAACUCGAUACAGAGGAAAUGGAGGUGUAUAUGGCUGGGAUUUGAAAAGAAAAAUAAUCAGCCGUGGAGCCAAUUUUAUAACACAGAUUCUGCUGAGACCAGGAGCAUCUGAUUUAACAGGAAGUUUCAGAUUAUACCGCAAAGAAGUUCUACAGAAAUUAAUAGAGAAAUGUGUUUCUAAGGGCUAUGUUUUCCAAAUGGAGAUGAUUGUCCGGGCAAGACAGUUGAAUUAUACUAUUGGUGAGGUUCCAAUAUCAUUUGUGGAUCGUGUUUAUGGUGAAUCCAAGUUGGGAGGAAAUGAAAUCAUCUCUUUCUUGAAAGGAUUAUUGACUCUCUUUGCUACUACAUAAAAGAAAAUUAUUCAUGUAUAUUUAUCAUGUUCAUUUCCAUUAAAGCAUAAAAGAAGCCUGGUUGAUGAUUUUUAUAAAAUGUACUCUUAGAGCCUAAAUCAUAAGGUAAGGUAAAUUUCAUGUAAAUUUUUUUUUUCUGAAGAAACUCCUCCAUUUAAUAUUUCAAAUUAAAUUAGGAAAAAUGAGUUUUCUCAAUUUUCAUUUACAUUUUACCAUAUUAUGAGUUAUAAAUAAAUGUACAUGAUUUUAUUUUGCAUAAAAUAUUGCUACUUUCA